AUGUUUACACUAAGUGGUCGACAGCAAUACUUGAGUGGAUGGAUUCUGAUUUCGAGUUUUGGUAUAUUGAAUGCUCUGCAGGAUCAUUUAGGUAGAUCACCACCUGUGAAAGUAUGUCCCGGUUCACAAUUAUUAUGUGGUGAUAGGACUUGCUACGAUCCCGCUACACGAAUUUGCACGGAACAUGGUAAAGUUACUCAGUGUGUCAGCGUCUGUGGAAAUCAAUGUUACAAUUCAAACACACAUCAUUGUCUAAACGGUACCAUAUGCAGAUUAUUCGAACAGUUAUGCACUGUUAAGUACGAUAUCUACAUUUCAAAAGUACACAAUUCAUUAUCAAAUCAAUGCUACAAUCCUAAAGAUCAAGCAUGUCUGAAUAACACACUCUGUGAUCGAUCACAAGUAUGUAAUCACCAGUGCCUUGAAGGAAAUCAAUUGUGUGUCAGAAACAAGACAGUAUGCAACUUUCCUAAUGGCAACUGGUAUUACGUUUUCAGAUCAACAUUGACUACAGUUGAGUCAUGCAAUGGAAUAUGUUAUAAUACUUCAAUUCAACAUUGCAUUAACAAUACUCUCCGGUGCGCGGAUAAUAACAACUGUUCUGGUACAUGCUACAAUUCGUCAACACACAAAUGUUUGAAUGGAACAAUAUGCACUUUACGUCAACAAGUAUGUGACACAUAUUCUCCGUAUAUGAAUCAAUGCUAUGAUCCAAUAGAGCAGUUAUGUUACAACAACACACUUUGUAAUCGUGCUUCGCGCUCGUGCAAACAACAAUGUCUACAAAAUAAUCAGAUAUGUGUUAAUGAUAACACGAUAUGUAAUACUACGUUAUCGUAUGAUCUUUACAAUCAAAAUCAAAUUCAAUUAUGCGAUGGGAUAUGUUAUGAUACAUCUGUUCACCGAUGUGUACGCGGAAAUUUAGAAAUAAUUUCUACGACAAUAGUACGUGUAUCAUCUGAUCGCCGUUGGAUAUUAUGGGGUUUAUCUAGCAUUGACUGCUAUAUAAUAAUCCUUUUCUGCAUGGUGAUUUAUUGUAUACUGCGAUUGUCUCAUCCUUUCUUGGCUACAGCUGAAAAAUCGGUUCAUCCGGAUCUUGAUCAAAUUCAACUGAUCAAAAACGACCAAUCUCCAUCGCAAACUACGUAUUGA